CUCGGCCGGAGAAACGGCCCGUUCUUCCCGGUAAACCGGCCGCUGAGGAGCCCUCCCGCCGGUUACCGGAACAUCGGACACCGAUGAGCUCUGCUGAAGAGAAGACAGUCUCGUGGCGAGCGGAUUCACGGCGCUGUUUGGCGGGUUUUUGGCGGGAUUGGCGGGUUUUUGGGUCGUCGCUGAUUGGCGCAAACAAUGAGUAAACUCUCGUUCCGGGCGCGCGCGCUGGACGCCGCCAAACCGCUCCCGGUGUACCGGAACAGAGACGUACCGGACCUGACGGACUGCGUGUCCAUCAGCAGAGCGGUGCCGCAGAUGCCCACCGGGAUGGAGAAGGAAGAAGAGCUGGAGCACCACCUGCAGAGGGCGAUCUCGGCCCAGCAGGUGUUCAGGGAGAAGAAGGAGAACAUGGUGAUCCCCGUUCCUGAAGCAGAGAGCAACACAACGUACUACGACCGGCUCUACAAAGGAGAGGUCAAAGUUCCCAAACAGCUGAUCCACAUACAGCCUCUGGGUCUGGAUCUGGAGCAGCCGGACUACGACAUGGACUCUGAGGACGAGACGCUGCUCAACAGACUGAACCGCAAGAUGGAGAUUAAACCUCUGCAGUUUGAGACAAUGGUGGACCGACUGGAGAAGGCCAGCACGCAGCAGCUGGUGUCGAUGACGGAGGCGAAGCUGCUGCUCAACGAGGACGACUACCUGUUGAAGUCGGUGUACGAUUACUGGCUGAGGAAGAGGAAGAACUGGCGCGGACCGUCGCUGAUUCCUUACAUCAAACAGGAGAAGAGAGACGGCUCCACCAACAACGACGCCUACGUGGCGUUCAGGCGGCGGACGGAGAAGAUGCAGACCAGGAAGAACCGUAAGAACGACGAGGCAUCCUACGAGAAGAUGCUGAGACUGAGGAGAGAGUUCAGCCGGACGGUCACCAUCCUGGAGAUGAUCAAGAAGAGAGAGAAGUCCAAGAGAGAGCUGCUGCACCUCACUCUGGAGGUGGUGGAGCGGAGGUAUCAGAUGGAAGAUUUCAGUGCAGACAUCCUCCGAGAGGUGACGCUUCCUCUGGGAGAGAAACCUCUGUACAGCGCUCCAGUGACCCUCAACAACAGGCACAAAGCUGAUGUGAAGGUCCAGAAGAAGCCGCUCUCCAUCAGAGACGAACUGACCUUCGACCUCAUCAGACCAAAGAAGAAGUGCGGCAGACGGGAACGACUGUGUCCUCCACAGAGACGGCCGGGUCGCCCCCCCGGCCCGUACACCGUCAACAAGGCCGACAUCAAACAGUACGACUUCCACAGCUCUGGAGAGGACGACUCUCCUCCGCCUCCGCUGUCUCCGUUAUCUUCAACUGACGACGAGGAGAAUAAUCCAGACGGACUUUUCGUCUUCAGGAGGAAAGCUGGAUGUCAAUAUCUGUCUCCUCGGGUGGAGCAGACGAGUGGAGUUGAUGGUGAGCGUUCAGAGAUCGUCCCGUCGUGUGUUCGUCACUCUCUGACUGAACUGUCCCUGCCGCCGCACUGGAGAGGACUGAGCCGGCGCCGGGUGGGCCGAGGGGGAAGGAUCAUUCUGGACCGGGCCUCGUCGGGUCUGGAUCCUCUACUGAAGCAGCUGGACACGUCGACAGAUCCUGUCUCCAGGACCAGUACCUGCCUCCUCAGUGACCCGGUUCUACUGGACCAGAGGUCCCCCCUGACCUCAGGACACAGCGCCCCCUCCCUGACCUCAGGACACAGCGCCCCCUCCCUGACCUCAGGACACAGCGCCCCCCCCCUGACCUCAGGACACAGCGCCCCCUCCCUGACAGAAGUCCUGAACAACAUCCAGACCCUGAGGAGAUGCUGCUUCAGACCCAGACCAGCUCAGGACCAGAGAGGGGGGGGCAACAGGACCACAGGAUCCAGACUCGCCUGCCGUCUGUCUAGCACCAGGAACACUGCAGCAGCAGGGGGCAUCACAGAGGAGCAGUACCACAGCCAUCAGCAGCAGCUGGUCCAGAUGCAGAAAGAACAGCUGGAACAGCUGCAGCUACAGAACAACACAGUUUCAUCCAGGAAGACACAUCUGGACGCACACAGCUCCCAGUCCUCCAGGUCCAGUGAUUCCUCGUCUAAGACUCUGGACUCGGCCAGCGCUCACUUUGCAGCGUCGGCAGUGAUCAGCGCUCCUCCAGCUCACAGUCACGUCAACACCGACAACAAAACCUACAAGACCAGCGUCAACGGAGUCGUCCACCCUUCAGGUCCCUCCAGGCCUCCGUACUCCUCCUCCUCUCUCAGCAGGUCGGGGCUUUCGGCUCGGGGGUCUUCAUCGCUCCCGGCUCACUCCUCCUCGUCGCCUCAGUCCCUCCCCAACCAGCGGAGCCAUGUGGGGGCCGUUUCCCCCGCUCACCCUCACAACGCUCGCCACUCUGCCCCCCCAACAUCUGCCUUAAAACUGGCCACGGUGGCCGCCAGCCUGGACCGAGUGCCCAAAGUGUCCAGCGGCAGCAGCCUGCCCAGGUAAAGAAACACAUAGACGCUCACGAGCCGGAGCGGCUGCUAAACGGCCUAUCAGAGACCACGCUGGCCAUGGAGGUCACAUAGCAUCGUAUCCCAUCAUCCCCUGCUCCCUCUGACCGGUGAAUGUGACACGCCGCGACCUCCACAAGAAGAGAAGAAGAAGAAGAAGAAAAAGAAAAAGAGCGGAGUCUCUGAUGAUUAUUAUUGUACAGUUUGUAAAAAAUGUCUCUGCUGUAAAAUAGUUUCUGUGUCUCUUUAGUUUCAUCAUGUUCUGUAGAAUCAACUCUGAUUGGUCCAUGAGCAGACCUGUAUCUUGGCUCUGAUUGGUCCAUGAGCAGACCUGUAUCUUGGCUCUGAUUGGUCCAUGAGAAGGCCUGUAUCUUGGCUCUGAUUGGUCCAUGAGCAUACCUGUAUCUUGGCUCUGAUUGGUCCAUGAGAAGGCCUGUAUCUUGGCUCUGAUUGGUCCAUGAGCAGACCUGUAUCUUGGCUCUGAUUGGUCCAUGAGCAGACCUGUAUCUUGGCUCUGAUUGGUUUAUUUAUUUGUCAUGUUUACAUUUUGUAUCAUUUCUUUUCCCAAAGAUGGAAAACUGUAAAAUGUAAUUUGGUUUCACAAAUUGAAACGAUGUUUUUGUGACAUUUUUUCAUUGAGUUUGUUUUUUAAAUGUUUAAAGACUCUUCAGGCCGCCUGAUAAUUUAAAAACUUCACUAAAAAUCAAAAACCUGCAGCUGGAGACGAAUGUUUUUAUAUUUUUAAAGUCAAACAGCAGCUGAUCAGACGUGUGCGUGUAGAGAAGAACACGCGUGACUGUCACACGCUGUUUGUGCUUCACAUGAAAAAAU